AUGGAUAAUGACUCUCUUUUUGAGGCUUAUACCCUCACUCCCUCUCAGAUUACCUCAUCAUCGGAUAGUUUGUUUUCAGGUAGUGGAGGCAAUGAGGAUCAACAGAAGCCAGCAAUGACUUCCAUCGGGAAUCAAUUGGUCGGAGGAAAAGCUGUCUCCCAACAACAACAACAACAACAGGAAGAUGGAAUUGUGGUGAUUGAGGAACCUUCCAUACCCAAGCUUGCCAAAAUAGCCAAUGAAUUGAUUCGAGCUCAGUCGGAAAAGAAGAGACCUUCGGUGGUGCCUCCUUUGCCAAUUCCUCCUGCUGCUGUGGUGAUUGAGAAGGCUUCAACCACCGAUUUAUCAAAUGCCGCAGUGGUUGAACAUCAACAAUCUCUCUCAACAACAGCAAGCUCAUUCCUACCUGAGGCAUCAAAGGAAAUUGACACAAGUAAGGAUCAAUCAGAAAGCAUCAACAACAACAUUCUAGAUGAUAGCAACAAUAACAGAUAUUACGAUCAGUCCGAUCAUCAUCAACAUGAGGAUACUCCAGAUCUUGAGGGUUUGCCAAUGAAUCCAAAUAUUGAAAACUCAUCAUCGAGCCAUCCCAACACUCCCAAGAUGGACAUGAGCCUUCAUUUGUCCGCUCUCUCCUCACCACCAAAACCAAUUUCUGGAGGUGGACCAAUGAAAACGGGAGACCCCAAUCUUCAUCAUUUGAAGGAGCCAACUUAUUCUUCAUCGCCUCCAAGAAGACCAGCAUCAGCCUCAUCAACCCGAUCUACAUCAAGUCAAAAUCCCAACUAUAUGAAUUCAACUAUUACAUGGUCAUCCAAAGAAAGCAACAAGAGUAUUGCUGAUUUGAAAGCAUCCAUUAACGAACCAAAAAACAUUAUGCGGUUCGGUAUGGCCUCUUACCAAAACAAGCCUACCUUAAAUACAAGAGCGCCAUCUCCAUCUAUCACAAAGCGGAGAGUAACACCAAGAAGGGAACGGAUUUUUACCAGUAUUCCUGAUCUCAAUUUGGAGAGUAUUUCGUUUUCUACAGGCUUAGGAACCAUUUCUCUUCCAAAUUAUAGAUUAACCUCACUCAAAGGAUUAGGUGUUAGAAACGACUUGAAAAUUUUGUACAUUCAAAAUAAUUAUCUGACCUCAUUCAAAUAUUUAGAAACACAGCCCAAUCUAGAAGUUUUGUACGUGGCCAAUAAUUGUAUUUCCUCAUUGUAUGGAUUUGCAGAACAACCCAAGUUGAAAUUAAUAAGUUUAGAAGGAAAUCCAAUUACAAAACAUCCGAAUUACAGAUUGAUGGUUCUCAUUGCAGGAGGACUUCAACUUAAGAAAAUUGAUGGAGAAUUAGUUCAGUAUAAGGAACGAGAAUUUGUGAAGCAAUAUGUAGCAUCCAAUGAAAAAUGUGUCGAAGCAAUUAGGGCGGGAUGGCUUCUCGAUACAGCACCAAGAACGAGCGAAGAGUUCGAACAAAUCAUUGCUGACCUUCGUACUAAAAAUAUGGACGACCGUGAUGAAGUGCGAAACUCUGACUUGUUCAGGGACUUGGUCAGUGGAGCUCUUGUGAAGACAGUCACUUCGCCCGAUCUCAGCCAAUACGAGGAGAAAAAAGUUACAAAAUCUAUGCCCAUUGUAACACCAUCCACAACCUCUUUCAUCUCAUCCGAUGCGAAGGAAAUGUCACUAAAUGAAAGUUCCACUUUCAGCAAUACCUUUCUCACCAAUUAUGUCAAUGAAAUCAAAAAUCUCAAGAUGCAACUAGAAAAGAAAGACAAGGAGCUUGAAGCGGAGAGAAAGAAAAGCAAGGAGCUGAAAGAAACAAGCUUACUAUUGGAGGAUUUGCAACACAUUCACAAGUCAGAUAUUAGUGGUCUCUCAAUUUCUCUAAACUCCACUUCUGACAUGAUCAACAACGUAUCAGCAUCUCUAAGCAAUGAAAGCAUGAAUAUUUACAAAGCAUCCAACGACUUGCUUAAACGAAUAGACUAUGACAAGGUGACUAGGACGAGUCUUCUUGUUGACGAGAAGAAAAUGUUCCGUAUUCACAUUCGAGUUUCCAACAACGAGUUAAUUGAUGUCAUUACUGUCGAUCAGAAGAGAGCCCUCGCUGUCUACAAGAUUCUCCAUAUGAAAGUUGCUCUUUUCAACAAACUCAAAAAGCAAAAAGCUACUUCUCAGCAAUAA